AUGUGGGUAUAUGUAAAAUUUUUAGAAGAUGAUGUUUGUGAAAUUGUGGAAGCGUCGAACAUAAAAAGGUUCGACAAAGAUGACAUAAAAUACAACCAAAAAUAUUCUGUGAAAUGGAAGGAUGGGGACUAUUAUAAGGCCCAAAUAAUAUAUGCAAAAGAUUCUUUAAAAGAUUUGACUGAAGUAAUAGAGACAAGAAGGGUCAGGAUGGUAAGGAAGCAGUUAUUAAAAAGUGGAGAUGAGAGUAGCUCAGAGGAAGGAACAGCAGGAACAUCAAGAGACAAAAUAGCUAUAAAGAAGUCACUUGAUUUGAAAAAGGCUGCCAUGGAAAAUGCUAGAAAGAAUAAUGAAAUUAAAAUUCUUAAUAAACAUUCAUCAGAAAAAGCUCAGUUGGAACAUACUUCCACUUCCAAACAAACAAUAUAUCAGGACUUCCAGAAGACCAUUGACCACCUAAAAAAGGAAAACGAUAUGUUGAAAAAAGAAAAUGGCAUGUUGAAAAAAGAGAAGGAGUCAUUCAAAACAAAAACAGAGCAUUUUGAAGAUUUGAAUAUUUCGCUACAAAAAGAAGUCAUAGAUCUACUCAAAGAUUUCAAAAACAAGUUGACUCCUGACAUAGCUAUCCAUAAACCUGGAGAUAUAAAGGUGGGACAGAUUGUUGAUGAUGAGGUGCAUAUUGGCCAAGAUAUUUUCCUCAAAAAAUCAACAUAUAAUUCAUGUCUUGUGUCUGCACGAUCUGGGGCCCAAUUUGUAAAAAAUAUAGCAGUUGCCAUAUUUGGUAUUGAUGUUCUGAAAAAUUCGUCAGUUACUGGAAAAACGAGUAACAGGAUUAAAAAGCCAGAUGCAAGGCCACCUCUUGACCCUAAUAAAUUGCAGGCCAUAAGAGAUAUAUACAAACAUUAUCUCCUUCAGAAGGGGCAAGAUGAGGUCAGUUUAGACUAUGACCUGAGCAAAAUUGGGGUACAUAUUUCCUCAAAGAUUUCUGAUUUGAAUCGAAUGACUAGAUCAAAGCCAACUAUUCUAAAGCAGAGGCAAAUCAAUAUAGAUAGCCAAGAGAUUAAUUUACUUGAAGAAAGGAAUUCUGAUGAGAAUAAUGUGGAUGAAAUGAACAUUGAUUUUGAAGAAAAGAGCUCGGAUGCAGAGAAGAAUUCAGAUGAGAAGAACUCGGAUGAAGAGAAGGGUUUAGAUGAAAAAAACUCGGAUGAAGAGAAGGAUUUAAAUCAAAAAAUUCCGGAGGAAGAGAAGUAUUUAGAAAACGAAAUAAUCGAUGCAUACAAAGGACAUAACUUUGUUGAAGAUAAUAUUUUGAAGGAAUCUGAUCUACAUUCAGAUGGAGAUAGCUCUUGUGAGGAGAAUAUGGAAUGAUCAUGUUUUGAUCCUCAUUCGAUUCACUUGUAACCCCUUGAUUGAAUAUUUCCAAAUUUAAAUAGUUAUACCUAGUAUAUUUAAUGAUGUUGGUUAGAAAUAUGACAUUGAAUUCAUGAUAUUCUUUCAUUUAUGCAACAAGGUAAAAUAUACAUAUUUAGUGAUUGAAUUGACAUAUUUUUGGUAAUGUAGUUACAUUAGAAUAAAGUGUACUUAAGCCAGUCAAAACAAAAAUAGUGUUAUGUUUGGUGAUUCAGAUAAUCAUCAAUGCUAUAUGGUUCCAUAUCACAUGAACUGUAGAAGUGGUUUCUUUAGUGAUUUCAAGUCUGAAAUUGCUUUCAAAGAUAAAGGGAAUUGUUUUAAAAUUCAUUAAAGAAAUCCAUAAUCAUGGAUUUUGAAAUGUUGGUGACGGAUUCUGAAUCGGGAUCACGUACAUACCUGUACCGAUUCAUAUCAUUGUGAAAUACAUACAACAAGAAUAUUUUAUUAGAAUGAUUAAAUCACAGCAGUACUAUUUUGAUCAAUCAUUUGAAAAAUAUGUGAUUUAUUUUCUCAAAUAUACUAAAUUUUAGAAUGAUUAAUAUCGACACAGGUGUGUUUAAAGUGAUCCUGAGAACCCGUUGUUAGUUUCUGUGAAAAACUCGAUAGUAUGCAUUAGAAAUAACUACCUAACAAAAAAGUUUAUCAAGAUCAAUGAAAAAAACUAAGGUGGUGAAGUCAAUGUCGACAAAUUCCAAUCAAUAAAGCAGUUCUAUAGGUUGUCUAGGUUGUCACACUAACUGUUUU